AUGGAGGACGGGAGGACAGGGCUGCAUGUAGCGGGGAUGCUGGGGAGGGCGGGGAGCGUGAGGGAGCUGAUACAGGCAGGUGCAGAGGUAGGAGCGAAGGACGAUGAAUGGAAGACGAUGGUGCACUGGGCGGGGGAGUAUGGGCAUGUGGAGGUACUGAAGACGGUAGAGGAAGAAUGCGGGAAAGAGACUCUGAGGACCUUGAUGAUGGAGAGGAGCAAUGACGGCAAGACAUGCGCGCACUAUGCGAGUGCAGGUGGGCACUUGGAAGUGCUGCGGUAUGCUGUAGAGACAUGCGGGGAGGAGCUGCUGAGGGCGAAAGACAAUGGCGGCAGGACAUGCGCGCACUUGGCGAGUCUCAGAGACACUUUGGAGGUAGUGCGGUAUGUUGUA